AUGGAUGUCAUUGCGUUGAAAGUUCAAAGCUUGAAGAGGGUGUGGUUUCCAGCUGGUUAUAGAGUGACAAGGAUUGCUGUCCAAAGGAUCCUUAAUCAUGGUGGUUCAUAUCGCUUCCUUUUGAUUUGGAAACACAAUGAUGAGAUAGUGAAGAACAGGAGAAUUACUGGACUUUUGAAAAGUGAGAUCUGGGGAUGGACACUGUUCUACGCAGCCGUUUCAGGCUUGGCCUUUGGCUCUGGUUAUUAUCAUCUCAAACCUGAUGACAACGGAAUCGUAUGGGACACUUUGCCUGUUCGGUUUUCUCACUUAUCACUCUGCUUUAGCUUUCGUGAAAAUAAUUGGAAUGAGUCUUCUUUAAGUUAUAUUGCCUUGUUUCUGUUCAUAUCAUUUUUCAAUGUUGCUUACGCCAGAGUCUUUAAUGAUCUCCGGUUAUACAUGACGUUCCAGUUGAUUCCGUGUCGGGCCAUUCCCCUCAUAACCGUUUUGUUACCUCCCAAGUAUACUCACUCUAGGUUCUGGCUCUUGGCAACAGCGGCUCACUCUGUUUCCAAGAUCAAUGGAUAUAUCAUCGGUGGACAUUCACUGGGACAUUUGUGUUCAGCAUUGGCUAUGCUUUUACUUACCGUUAUGCUUUUGUAUAGAAGCAUUCGGUUUCAGAGGUAUCCUUUUCAAACUGACUCUCUUGUUCUUUCUUUGAUCUUCGAGUUGCUUACGACCCGAGACAUUCUUUAUUAUUGUGUUUGUGUGUGUGAUGAAACCAAAACAGAUUAAGUGAGCUCAAAGGCCAUCUUUGACAACCAAACAGACAAAAAACACAGUUAUGUGUCCUUUUUCUUUAUUCAAGGCGAUGGCCCACCAAUUAUGCGAUGGCACUAAAGGAUGAGCUUGAUGGUGGUGAAGAGAAGAGCUUGAUGCUUUUAGUUCAUGUUUUCAUGUAUAGAUUUUUAAUUCAUGUUUUCAUACAUUAACUUCGUGUGUUUUAAUUUUUUGAUGGAAAACUAUAGAAAACUAUAUCACAUCCAAAAUAUAUUUAUUAAUGCUUGUGUUUUAUUAGAGUGAAUUAUAUUUAUUAAUGAUUUUAAAAACACUAAUAAUAAGUU